UAUGAAUAAUAGAACUUUUUAUGUCAUAAUAAAUAUUUUAUGAGCCAUAUAACAAUGUUGCUCAUUCACUUGAUGCUGAUAUUUUGUAGCCUUACAAACAGCCAUGCUGCCAUGAUCCAUUUAGACGGUUUGCUUGAUAUAGGCAAGAAAUGGAACUAUGAAUUACAACUUACUCAAGUAACUGAAGGAAAAAUAAAGUUCGCGUUAGAAAGCAAAUUAUCCCCUCCACCUUUAACUACGAAAAGUGAAAUAGAAUAUAUCUUACCUAACAUGAUUAGAAUUGGUAAUGUUGGAAAGGGUGUUAAGACAAACGCAUUCAUUCCAAAUAAAGAAGAAGCAAUGAAAAUAAACAUAUCUCUUCAGUUCGAAAAUGACGAAAUUGGUCCAGUAAAGAAGAAAAAAAAUAACAAAUCCCAUUUAAGACAACGAGCAGAAAUUCUAACUCCGCGAAAAAUUAAAGACGAUGAAUCAAUUCAACGAUACAUCCUACAUUUGUAUAACCAAGCUCUUAUCGUUCUGGAAAAUAUUCAGGCUCCUUACGAAAUUCAAACUCAACGAUCGUUUCAAUGCAAAAAGAGUUGGAAAAAGAACUUAAUUCAGAAUUCGUUCAUCUUUGUAAGCAAUAUGAAAUAUGUAGAACUAGCAGAACUUUUAGCGAUUUAUUAACAGACAUGUUGACGAUGAUCUUAAAAACGGAUAAUCGGAAAGUAAAACAGGCUUCCGAUGCAUUAACUGAAGUAUUAAAAGAUGCAGUUUUUUUAAGAAUAAUGGAUUGGCAAUCACACAAACAAUUCAAAGUUCUAAUACGCAAUUUGGAAUACAAAAACGAGGAGGAGACAAGGAUUGUUUUUUUAAUCCUAAGAAAUGUAAUAGCAAAUAGAAAUAAACCGAUAAAAAUCUAUGGUGCUGAGAAUAUGAAACUAGUCAAUAAAACUGUUGUGCUGCAAGCUAUUUUAAACGAGUUUGAUAAAGUAAUUCUUGGUGACCAAAAUAAUACAAAACAGUGGAAUGAUUUGUUACAAAAGUUGGAAGAAUGGACAAAAGCAAGUGAAUACCGAAAUAUCAUAUCAAAAAUUUGGUCUGAAUUGAUAAAGAUAAUGGAAGUUGGAGCAGAAAAAAUGACAGAGGAGGUGGUAAAGACAG